AUGGGCAUUUUCCGGCAGAUCUUGCCCAUCCUCGACCAGAUCAGCCAGGCUACCGGGAUCAACCUCACUGCAAUAUCCGCGGCCAUGUUGAGCCACACGAGCGGCCAUGGUUCGGACGACAACGUUGCCGUGUACGUUGAAGAGGACGUCUCAAACGUGCUCGGUCAGCGCGCCCUUAACGAGCACGGGCACCUGCACUGGAUCAGUAACUCGUCCACAAUGUCGCUGUUUCAGCGACCGAAGGAGGCGACGACGUUCCCGCUGCACCAUGUCUCACUGAUGGAGGAGGACGAGCUCGCUCCUGGACCAAGCGUCAACAAGCUAUACUUCCCCGCAAACAAGCUUGUCGAUGCGUACUUCACCCGUUUUCACUUCCUCAUGCCUGUGAUGGAUAAGCCGGACUCUAUGUGCCGGUAUAGAUACCAAUCAACCUAA